UCUCUCUCUCUCCCUCUCUCUCCCUCUGUGUCUCUGUCUCUGCCUCCGUCUUUCUCUGUCUCUCUGUCCCUCUCCCCCCCUAUUUUUUCUUGCUUGCUCAUUUUUGUAAAGAUCCUAACUCUACACUUUUUUACUUUAAAGCAAAGCAAACCCGGUGGACUUUUUUCCACCCCUCAAAAUGACAGCAGUCAGCCUGGCGAUCCUUUUGUCCCUUUUCUGUGAAGCAAGUACCGUCGUCGUCUUACUCAAUUCCACUGACUCAUCUCCGCCAACCAAUAAUUUCACUGAUACUGAAGCAGCCCUCCGCGCACCACUACAGUCUGCGGAGAUCCCUAAAGCCAGGCGGAAGCGCUACAUUUCGCAGAAUGACAUGAUCGCCAUUCUUGAUUACCAUAAUCAAGUUCGGGGCAAAGUGUUCCCACCAGCAGCAAACAUGGAAUACAUGGUCUGGGAUGAAAAUCUUGCAAAAUCUGCUGAGGCAUGGGCAGCCACUUGCAUUUGGGAUCAUGGACCUUCUUAUUUGCUGAGAUUUUUGGGUCAAAAUCUAUCUGUACGAACUGGAAGAUAUCGCUCUAUUCUCCAGCUGGUCAAGCCAUGGUAUGACGAAGUGAAAGAUUAUGCCUUUCCUUACCCCCAGGAUUGCAACCCUCGCUGCCCUAUGCGAUGCUUUGGUCCCAUGUGCACUCAUUACACACAGAUGGUUUGGGCCACUUCUAAUCGAAUAGGAUGUGCGAUUCACACGUGCCAAAACAUGAACGUCUGGGGAUCUGUAUGGCGACGUGCAGUGUACUUGGUCUGCAACUAUGCUCCAAAGGGUAACUGGAUUGGAGAAGCACCAUACAAAGUAGGAGUGCCGUGCUCAUCGUGUCCUCCGAGCUAUGGGGGAGCCUGUACUGACAAUCUGUGCUUUCCAGGAGUGACGUCAAACUACCUGUACUGGUUUAAAUAAGCUUAUCCUUUUUCCUCUGGGAGAUACAUCGGUUUUUGGACUCAUAAGCAUAUAUAUAUAUUGAAGUUUGAACAUAUUAUACAUAUUUUAUUAUAAUCCUGUUCUCAUUUUAAUGGUCAGUUGUCUGGUCUUUGUCUAGGGUGCUAAGUCUUAGAUACAAGCAAAACAUCAAUUCUACUUUUCUGACCUUAAAUUUAAGUUAAAAUAUUGUAUAUGUAGCGAUGACAUAGUUGUUUCAUCCAAUUCCGAAACCUGCAUUCCAGGGAAAUUACGUUAUUAUGUCCCUAAGGAAUGAAAUGUAUGUUCAAGCUGUAAUAUGUGUGUAUUCAUAUGUAUACAUAUAUAUAUGUAUGCACACACAUAUGAUGUGUGAUGUGACACACAGACAAUACUAUGUGAUAGUUAAUAAGGAAAAUGAAAAAUAUAUUUGGGUUUAUGGGACUCUUUCAGGAUCAUUUCUACCCAAGAAAGGAUAAUUUGCAACUCAGUAAUAUUUGGAAAUAAUUUAAUUAAGCAAGAGUAGAAUUUGUUCUGGAGAUACUUUAUUUUAUUUGGGUCUACAAAAUAUAUUCUGAAUUUAUGGAAGUUUCCAUAACACACCUUUUGCUUAGUUUCAUUUUUUUUGAAUAUGUCAAUCUGUUGAGUAGUUACUUUGACUAAUUCACUUUGCUGGUUAUGUUCUGAUAAUGCAAAGAUGAUCACAUAUGAUUCCUGCCUUUGAGAAGUUGUCAGAGAGGUCCACAAAACAGCAGAGCCUAGUAAUUGGGUUAUAAAUUAUUUGUAGCUAAUCAUUUUUCAUAAAUCUUGAGGAACAGACAUAGUAACCACUUACAGGUGGAGUGGACAGUAACUGCUUCUGUCUCACAUGUAAAGUAUCUGUUUCCCAGGAAACUCCAAUAUUUAAAUGAGAUAUGGAAGGUCUCAUAGUUAUAGUGCUGUGAAUAGACACCACGGCCAAGGAAGCUUACAAAAAGAUAGCAUUUAAUUGGGGUCUUGCUUACAGUUUCAGGGGGUUAGUCCAUGAUCAUCAUGGUGGGGAGAUGGAGGCAGGCAGGCAGGAGGCAUGGCACUGGAGCAGGAGCAGAGAGUUUAUACCCUGAUCUGCUGGCAGGAGGCAGGGAGAAUGAGACUGGGCCAGACCUGGGUUUUUGAAACAUCAAAGUCAACCCACAGUGACACACUUCCUCCAAUAAGGUAACACCCUCUCCAACAUGGCCACACCUCCUAAUCCUUCCCAAACAGUCCACCAAGCAAAACCCUGUACUCAAAUAUAUGAAUCUAUGGGAGCCAUUAUCAUUCAAAUCACCAAACCAUGUAAGAAUCAACAACUUCUCAGAGAUUUCUGAAGAAGAAUAGGCUAGGCUGAAAACAAGAUCCUCAGAAUACUGACAAGGUCCAAGAGAAGUAAGAGGUAUGAAUAAUCACAGAAUUAGCAUGUUGAUACAAAAAGACCAGGCAGAAGGCUACAGAAGAGUUUAACACAUCUUGGGACCCAUUAACAAAAGUUGAAGUAUUAUAAAGAAAUGUGUAGGAUGAGGGCACAUUCAUCUCAUUGUUUUCUCUGCUAUUAAUUGGAGGUCAAUCUACCUAUUAUAUUGAGCUUUUGAAUAUCAUUGUCAAGAUCCUCCAUCAAUACCACAUGUAGUCAAUUUUCUUAAUAUAGUCCUCCCUCGAUGGAUGUUUUUCAAAGAACAAAUUAUGAAACUUUAUUUUUAUAGAAGAGUAAUUUUCAGUUCCUCAUUAACUUUGUUUAUGAAAAUCAAGUAAAUCAUUACAAAAACUUCUCUCAUGAGAUUAGGAAAUACAUGUCUUAAUUUACAAAAUCAUUUUCAGCGAGGACAAUACAAUAUCUGGGCCAAGACAUAGAGCAAAUUAUAUUUCAAAUGUGUGUGUGUUUGUGCGCACACACGUGAGCAUGAGUAUAGACUUACAGAGCAAGUAAACAUGGUCAUUUUAGAGAGCAAACAUUUAGAGAAGAAAGCUACUUUUUAAAAUUCCAUACACAGCUGCAGUUUCUUAGGUGGAUGCAUUGAAAGAUGGCAGAUAGUUAAUUAGAUCCAUUCAAUGGGAGAAGAAGCCACCAUCUGGAUCCUGGGCCUACUUGCUGGCAAACAAAUGGUCUAAUUACUUUUAAACACUGACAAUUGGAACAAAAUGUUUUGUUAUUAAGUGACCCUGCCUUGUGGAAACAUAUAUGGGCCUUAUUUAAAUAAGUAUUUCAGAAAUACAAUAGAGAACAGAAGUAUUAUAUAAUAUAGAGUUGAUCCAAUUUUCUUUUCUUUCUUUAAUUUUAUUUCCCUUGAGGACGUCUCACAUAUCCCAGAUUGACCUUAGACUCACUAUGUCAUCAAGAAUGACCUGACUCCCAAUCCUCUUGCCUCUAACUCUCAAAUACUGGAUUUUCAGUGUGUGUCACCUGGCCAUUGGAAGGAAUUUCAUUUUGAUGAUACCAGCUUGACUCAUCCAAGAAUGUUUUCAUCCUUAAUAUUACUGAAGUAAAAAACUAUAUAAACGGAAGUUUGUAGCUCUCAUUUCCAGGUUUCUUUCUGUCUUGCAUGGGUAAUUGAGUUUCUCAGAUUGAAGGAAUAAUAACGAUAUUUGAUAUGUAGUUCACAGACUUACCCAUGAAUGUUAGUUAAUUCACCAUAUUAACAGAAAUUUAUGAAUAUUAAUAUAAUCACUGCCAGAACUUCUCUUUGGCAUGAACUCCAUGUGAUUCAUUUUGUUUAUCAGAGUAUAUUAUUCAGUGGCUAUAGUGUAAUAAAUGUUUAGUUCAGUGGAGUUUUCAGAAUUAAUUAAUUUAAAAAUCUAAGCUUGAAAAGUUGAAACAAAUUCUGCUUUUCUAGUCUUUUAAAGACCCUAAAUCAUCUAAAAUACAAAGGUUUGAAUGUAAAAAACCCUCAAAUAAACCAUCAAAAAUACGAAAUUGAAACUAAGGUUGGCAGGCUUACAAAACAACUCUUUGAAAACUGCAACCAGAACCAGUAGCUUCUUCAUAACUUCACACCUAAGCUGAAAGUACAACGGGUAUAUGCGCCAUUCUGUCUGUAAUUUUUAAUGUUGGUGUAUAAAACGACUAUGUGAAGUAUGUUCCUCCCUGGGCUAAUGCAAAUGAUAGUUUGCUUGUAUCAAUGUGGCAUCAUACAUUUUCACAGGGGUGCUAGGUGAAUGGGCUUGCACUGUAAUUCUCAGAGGCAGGACAGGCCUGGCUGUAAACUGUUUUACAGCUUUAAAUAGUCAGCAUUAAAGUUUUUAGUUUGAAAUUUUUCAUUAAAAUAAUGAAAAAUUUAUUAAAAUUUAUUAAAAAAUAAUAUGACUGAUAGCAUUGAUGUCCCCCAGUGCUGUUUAUUUUUUUAGUAGUAAAGUAACAUUUUGCUACACUAUAUAUUUUUUUUUGCUUUCACAUGGGAAAAACAACUAAAAUGAAAUCCACGAUUUUGCUACAAAAUUGAUGCACUACUUUCUAGGAAUGUAUGUGAACUGUGUAGGUGUGGUCUUAGCAUUCUUGUAAUGAUAGAUUAGCUUGCUUUAAUAACAUAGGAGCUGAGGUUAUCCGUUCUAUUGUUUUUGCUUUGGGCAUCAUCACGGCUGUGGCCCGUUAAAGCUUUGGUAGAAGUUUCGACUGGCUCCACUGUCACCAGCACUGAAUUCUAGUUUCUAUGCAGCCCUAGCACGGAGCAGACCACGAAGGAGGACAAGUCCAGACAAUAAAGCCUAUUCUGAAUAUUUUAAUUGAAACAAUAUAUUUCCCAUACUUUUAUACUAAAUAAACCCAUGGAGUCUACACUACUAAAUCAAGUGCCUAUUUAUACCAUUUUAAGUGUUUUGAGUUUAUACCUUGCUUGAUAAAUAAUGCAAAAAUAAAUGGCUGAGCUGAAUAUUUUCCUGCAGGCAAAGCAAUGCUGAACCCCUGGGCUGUCUUUCCCCUUAGGUUUCACAGUAUCAUAGGAUGCGAAUCUUAACAUAGAUGGAAGACUAUCCUACUGAAGUAUUUAGGGGGGAAAAAGUUAUAUUUCUAAUGGUUGCUAAUAUUGUCUUUGUUUUUAUGAAGGUUUUACAUUGUUAUAUUUGUGGGUGAAGACAUUUAAAUGAAAAUGCCUUUUUUAAGUUGUGUCAUGGCUCAACUUCUAAAUGUAAAAUGUUGAUUAAAAUUGAGAAAAUUUAACAAUUCACUGGUUAAAGGUGCUGAAAAAAUACAAUCACCAUAUGGUUACAAUUUUGAGGUUUCUUUGAAACUACAGUUGCUAUUAUUAAGUGUGAACUACCAAUAUUUAUUCUGGUGCUAAAUACAUGGUGCUAAAUGAAUUGUUAGUGUCAACAGUUUUAAAACUACUCCUUUUAUCCACUAAAUUCUUGAUUCAGAAGUAAUAGCAAAAAUUCUAUCUUAUCUUCACCAAUGUAUGACCGUUGAAUCUGUUUUCUUUGUUUAACAAUACAAUGUUAUUACACGUAAAUAUAUUUCAAAUAUAUUUUCUUUAGAAGUGAUUGGCUUCUUCAACUGGGUAUUCUUUCCUUUGUGUGUGUGUGUGUGUGUGUGUGUGUGUGAGAGAGAGAGAGAGAGAGAGAGAGAGAGAGAGAGAGAGAGAGAGAGAGAGAGAGAGAGAGAGAGAGAGAGAGGAGAGAGAGAGAGAGAGAGAGAGAGAGAGAGAGAGAGAGAGAGAGAGAGAGAGAGAGAGAGAGAGAGAGAGCUGAAAGUUAAGAAUACCCCUGUGUUAACCAUGCUGCAGGCCCUGGCGCCCUCUGGUGUUUCUAAAUACAAAUUUUUAGUGACUCAUAAACCUUUGGUAAAAGCCCUUUGUGCAUAGUGAAAAUUUGCCUUGCACUGUCCUGGAGUUUUUCUCCCUAAAUAUUCCAGCAUUAAAACCACAAUACAGCAAGCUGGACUCUAUGGACACCUUCCUAAGAGGUGGAGAAGCCAAUGCAUCCUUCAUUCAUUUACUUCUUUUUAUUACAUGAUUGUCUACUAUAAGGUGCUUAAAUUUUGGAUUUGUUUGUUUUUAGAAAACAAUUUAUUAUUGUGUCUUAUUUUAAGGAGUGGUUGUUUUAUUUAGCUUAGGGUACAACAUAAAAGGAUAACAUUUAAAAUAGUCACUAGUUACAUAUAUAACAGAGUGGUCCACUUCCAUUCUGAUCUAUGACUUGAUGUGUUAUGCUUUUAUACUAUUGAAGUAAUAACAUUUUAUUAUCAUUCUAAAGGUGAAAAUUAAGAUGCUAGUGUUUUGGUAGAUUUCAUAAGUUAUCUUAAAGUGUCAAAUAAAUUCUCCUGAGGUUAUUUUCAAAUUUGUUAAAGCACGGAGACCUCUUCAAUGAUCUAAAUCAUACACAAAGCUCAAAAAUACAAGAAACCUAACAUGGACACACUCUCUCCAGAUCUAGUGCCCAGAAACUUUCUUUCCUGCCCUAGGAUUCCAUUAAACAAAAUAAUAAUACUCAGCUAAGUCAGUCAACUAAUUCACUCUAAAACAAUCAGCAAAUGAAAGCGCAAAAUUUGAAAGCCUAAAGUGUUUCUGGAGUUCUUUUAGAUAACCACUUUCUCUCUGAAUGUUCUGGCAACCUAUUAGUUCUGAAGGGAACCAAACACUGGGCUCAUUUUGUUCCUGGCUAAUUAUUACAGCAUUUGUGGUUUGUUAAUGUUUACGGUGGAUUUUGGUAACAUAAUAUGAAUUAAAUAAAGAUGGUGCAUACAUAUAUGAAGAGUGUGUUUUUUAAAAAAUAUGUUAAUCUUUCAAGUAUUUAUAUAAUCCUAAAAUUCAAUGUAUCAUUUCAGAAAUUUUAAGCAUUAAUUUGGAUGGUUAUAAUUCAUUUUGUAGUGCUGUGUUGGUAGAAAGGUGACCCUUUAUGUUGUGAAAUAUUGUUAUGAAUGGAUAUGUAUUUAACCUCUGUCCCUAAGAAACAUAGCAAAUGUAGCUUUUUUUAGCCAUACUGUAUUAUUUUUUCCAAUAAAAUAUUAUUAUUCAAUA